AUGGACAUGGAAGAAUCAAGCCCUCUGGAAAGUGAACUUCAACCAACCACCUCAGCAUCCUCUUUCUCCAUUACUCACUCCUCCACCACCACCACCACCACCACCUCCUCCUCCUCCUCCUCCAUAGACCAACGCCCCACUAACACUAAGGACAAGAAAAACAAGAGAACCGAUACCAAUCAUGGAAACCACCCUACUUAUAGAGGAGUGCGCAUGCGCCAAUGGGGCAAAUGGGUAUCCGAAAUUAGAGAGCCAAGGAAGAAAUCAAGAAUUUGGCUUGGAACUUUUCCCACGCCGGACAUGGCGGCUCGAGCCCACGACGUGGCGGCCCUCACCAUCAAAGGCAGCUCGGCUUUCCUCAAUUUCCCCGAAUUAGCCGCCAAGAUGCCCCGCCCCGCCACCAACUCACCCAAGGAUAUCCAGGUCGCGGCGGCUAAAGCGGCCGCCUUGGAUUUCGGCCACCAAAGCCAUGAAGCCGAGUCUGAGCUGAGUCGAGCCGGUUCCACCUCAAGCCUGACUCAAUCUUCAUCGUCGUCAUCAUCAUCAUCCAAUUCUUCUUUCAACGGUGAGGAUGAUACAUUCAUGGACCUUCCUGAUCUAUCUCUUGACUUGAGCCAUGGAACUGAUGAGUUUCAUUAUUCCUCGGCUUGGCUUGUAGCCGGAGCCGAACUGGGUUUUCGGCUUGAGGAGCCUUUUCUUUGGGAAUCAUUUUAA